CCGCGAGCCGCGUUAACUCUGUCACGAUUCAAGAUCGAGAUGACUUGGAUUUGUAGACAAGUACACGCUUAUGGAUAAAAAAAAAUUAAAUGGAGAGAAAUAAAUGGUUAUAAAUCUAAACUGGUCGAUGGUGCUGAGUUUUAAAGUUGACUAUUUAUUGAAACCAUGCACCUCGAGGGUAAUCGUAUUGUUUAUAUUAAAAAACGUUUAAAAAUAUUAAAGUUAAACUGGAGAGUAAAUAAUAAAUUAAUAAAUACAACGAUAUAUACGCGUGUAAAUAAUGAGCAAAAGUGUGGAAUUACUUUCUGGAUCCGAGGACGGUGAACAAGGGCAAGAAGAAGACAGAUCGCGACUGAAUUUAAAUGGUAACCGACAGUUGUCACGAAGUGCCACAGAACUACGUAAUAAUAAUGACGAUUUGUCAACGGGUCGUGCGUCUUCAGCCCAACCCACCCAGCACAGACACUCGCAUGUCCAGCAGCAUCAUCACCAUCAUCGCCACGUAGCCUCAGUUGCCCAGAGGACCCAGACCUUCUUCGCGACCCUCAAGAGCCGCUGGGCAAGGGCAAGAAGUAAGGAGCGCAAAAAAGCUAAGGAUGGUCAUGACUCGACUCACAGUGCCGGUGUCGAGUCUGAUUACGCUGCCGAUUACUCUUCUGAGCACAGCAAAAGUUCUUCCGCGACUCAUAGUCCUGCUAAAAUUGCACUAAAUCAUCCAGAAUCUCCAUUAGCUCGGGGCAAAUCAUCUUUAGAAGACAGUCCUGGAAGAUGCAGCGACAAUUCAUCGAAGCUGUCAGCCUUGAAAGCAUCCCGAGAGGCUCAAGAGUCUCUCGAUCCUGGAUCCUCAUCAGCAGCAUCAUCAGCAGUGCCGUCGACUUAUGAAAAUGCGCAGUCGAAUGAAUUAGCACGUCGACGUGAAUUAGCAUUAAGACAGCAUGCAUUUUUUCAGCUGCGUAUGCAUAUUCGCCGAGGUGCCAAUCUCGUCGCGAUGGAUCGAUGCGGCGCAAGUGAUCCUUAUGUCAAGAUAAAAUCAUGCAGUAGAUUAUUACACAAGUCUCGAACAGUUCAUCGUGAAUUAAACCCAGUGUGGGAUGAAAGUGUCACAUUGCCUAUUGAAGAUCCGUUUCAGCCGCUCAGUAUCAAGGUAUACGAUUACGACUGGGGUUUGCAAGAUGAUUUUAUGGGCGCAGCGAAUUUAGACCUUACGGUACUAGAUCUCGGACAACCGCAAGAUGUUACUCUGGAACUUAAAGAUCCAGCGAGACCGCGACAACAUCUUGGAGAAAUAUUUUUAACUGUCACCUUGUGGCCGAGGAACCAGCAAGAAAAAGAGCAGUAUUUCCAGAGAACGAACAGACUAGCAGACGUCAACCGAAGAUUAAAAUCACAAAUAUGGAGUUCCGUUGUGACGAUUGUACUCGUCGAGGCAAAAAGUUUAUUACCGAUGGAUAUCGAUGGGCUUUCGGAUCCUUACGUAAAAUUCCGAUUGGGAACAGAAAAGUACAAAUCAAAAGUUGUCAACAAAACAAUAAAUCCAGUAUGGCUGGAACAGUUCGAUCUCCAUCUGUACGAGGACCCUUAUCUGGGUCAAGAACUAGAGGUCACGGUCUGGGACCGGGACAAAGGUCAUCAGGACGACUUGAUGGGCAGGACGACGAUCGAUUUAGCGGGGAUGGAACGCGAAACAACUCACAGGAUUUGGAAGGAGUUAGAAGACGGGGCUGGAAGUAUUUUCCUUCUGCUUACUAUCAGCGGCACGACUGCCAGCGAAACAAUCAGCGAUCUAGCGGCUCAUGAAGAAUCCCCCAGAGAACGUGACCGUAUUUCUGAUAAAUAUUCACUUUGGAAUUCAUUACAGAGGCCAAGAGACGUCGGGCAUCUCACUGUUAAAGUUUAUAGGGCACAGGGACUAGCAGCUGCUGAUCUAGGAGGCAAAAGUGAUCCUUUUUGUGUACUUGAGUUAGUUAAUUCACGGUUGCAAACACAGACUGAGUACAAAACACUGGCACCUAAUUGGCAAAAAAUUUUUACUUUUAACGUCAAAGAUAUAAAUUCUGUACUAGAAGUGACAGUAUACGACGAAGAUCGCGACCACAAAGUUGAAUUUUUAGGUAAAAUAGCGAUUCCUUUACUUAAAAUACGCAACGGCGAGAAACGUUGGUACGCAUUGAAGGACAAAAAAUUGCGUUGCCGUGCAAAAGGUAAUUUUCCUCAAAUAUUACUCGAGAUGCGCGUGAUCUGGAACGUCGUGCGAGCGUGCAUCCGAACUUUGAACCCAAAAGAAAAAAAAUACAUGGAGCCAGAAGUUAAAUUCAAACGUCAAGUUUUUUUGCGCAACGUACUGAGACUCAAGGCUAUCAUAAUGUACUUCAUUGAUCUAGGAAAAUAUAUCCAGAGCUGCUGGGAAUGGGAGAGCAAAACGAGAAGUAUUGUUGCACUAGUACUAUUUGUCCUCGGGUGUUAUUACUUUGAGCCAUACAUGAUUCCCGUCGCGGCGCUUCUCAUAAUGCUUAAAUAUUGUUUAGUUUCUUUGAUAACAAGUAAUUCCAGUUCUUCGUCUUCGUUUCAAAUUCAUUCGAGUUCUCAUGAUCAGGAUUUUAAUUCUGAUGACGGCCCUCCCACCCCCGGUGACGAUGAUGACGAUGAAGAUGACAAAGAUAAGGAAGAGAAAAAAAGUUUAAAAGAACGAUUGCAAGCGAUCCAAGAAGUAACGCAGACGGUCCAGAACUCGAUCGGUUACAUCGCGAGUCUCUGCGAGCGUGUGAAAAAUCUCUUCAACUUCACAGUACCUUAUCUAAGUUAUCUAGCGAUGAUUCUAUCAGUCCUCGGCAGCAUCGUCCUCUACUUAGUGCCCAUGCGUUACUUAAUUUUAGCCUGGGGUGUAAAUAAAUUCUUCCGAAAAAUUCUUCGUCCCCACUCAGUACCAAAUAACGAGGUCUUGGAUCUAAUUUCCCGGCUGCCUGACGAUGAAGAUCUUCUUAGUUACAGAGAAUUAAAACCCAUGCCAACAGCAGACUGUGAAAAAGGAUCAACAUCAAGCCCAAGUAGCAACGCUACAUCAAGACGUGAACAAAGAAAAAGACACAACAAAGUCGCGUAACGAAAUGCCCCGCGGCCAUCGGAUGUCGCGGGAACGCGGACUUCAACCAUCCUAAAAUCAGUUUUAACGCGUGGUAAUAAAUUACUGUCUUAUCAAUAUCGCCGUGUAAAUUCAACAGAUUCAAAAAUAUUAAAAGAUAAAGACUGAUAAUUAUUAUCAUGAGUAUUUAUGAAUUAGUAAGUUAAGGAUAAGACACACGUGAUUUAUCGAUUGGUGUUUUGUCUAGUCAAUAAAGUUUUAAUAAUAAAUUAAUAAAUAGAGUGAGAUAAUGCAGAAAGUCGUUAAACCUGUGAUGGAACAAGAUUGAAUUAUAAAUUGCGCUGUUAGUUAGUUAGUUAAUUACAAUAUUAUAGAUAUAAUGAUAGAUAAUUAUUAAUUAGAAGUAUUCUCAGCCCUCCACUUUUUUAAAAUAUUCAAUGGCGAACUGAUCAUUUUUUUUUUAAAGUAUGUAUGCAUUAAUAGGCCUCGGGUAAUAUUAUACCCCGCCAAUUUAGUCGAAUUCAAAUUCAAAUUAAAAUUUUGAAACCAAAUCAAAUUCAAAAUUCGCGGCGGAAAUUUUAACUGAAAGACACGUGUACUUUGUGCGAAACAAAUUCUUGUGGUUUUAGUGGGAUUUGAACUCACAACUGGUUGGUUAUCAAGGUUGAGAAGUUGAGUCUUUCGCUGUGGUCAUGGCAAAGCUGGACCAUAUGGGCCACCGGCGGGAAAUUUAAAUAAACGCAAAAAAAUAGCCAUAGUAAAAUAGACUACGAUUACGUCAUAAAUUAAUGUAACCAUUGGAAAUUUUAUAGGUCGUAGUAAUUUUUUCUGUUUAUUUUCAUUUCCGGUAGAUGGCCAAUGGCGUCCGGCUUUGCUAUGACAUCAUAACAUUUAAAACAAAAAUAAUUUAUCCGUGCAAUUAGGAGUUAAAGGAAAUGAAAAUGAAAAUUAUAAGACAAAGAUUUUACUGAAACGACAAUUUUCAUUUAACGUCUAAUUGAUGUCAACUGUAAAAAAUUUUUCUAAAAAUCUAGAUCUCCGCGAAAUUGCAAGUGGCCUUUUUUCAAUUAAUUAACGGAUUUAAAUACGACGAUGACGGUCAUUGGAUAAUUUUAAAAAAUAGGGACACUGUCUGAGAAUACUUUUAAAACGCUCGCGAACGUCGGGGUGCGGUUUUUUUUUACGACUAGUAUUCUAAUAAAUUAAUUCGAUUUAACGAUUUUGUUUUAAGAUUUAUUAUAUUGAGAUAUUUAAUAAUGAAUUUUAAUUGUUAUUAUUAAUAUUGAAAUGACAGUCUCUGAGUAUACUAAUUACUAAUUAAAUAAACGAUAUGAAGAGGGUACUUGGGAUAGAUUAAAUAAUUAAUAAUGUAAGACUGUCAAUAAUUGCGUCCAUCGAUGUCAUUUAGGAUAUGCAAUUUUUAAACACCCGUUGUUUAUACCUAUGUGAUUUUUGAACAAUUAAUAUUGUAAAUGAUUCUUAACUCGGGUUUAAAUUUUUUUGUGUGAACAGAAUUAUUAAUUGGAUAGAAAUAAAAUUUUAAAAUUAAGGGAAGAAAGUUUUUAAAAAAAAAUUUAUAUCGUAAUUUUGUCAGCAUGAAAAAUAAUUAUUUCAUAAAAUAAUUUAUUCAACGAAUCAAAUCUUUGAUGAUUGAAAGAAAGAAGUAAUUUUGAAUUCGAAUUUUAAAAAUAAAAAUAACGAUUUGAGAAUCAUUGACAAUUAUAUAAUAAAUAAAUAAAUAAAUAUAUCGAUACCCAGCACCGGGACUGGCUAAGACGCAAAAAAAAUGAAAAUAUUUUAUAUUAAAAUAAAAUAUUUAUCAGGGCAAUUUUAAAAUUGUUGGUCUUCUUAAAACUUGUCUUUAUCAAACAAUCUAAUUAAUUAUAAAUAUUUAAAUUGAUAAAUAAAAUAACGAAUCAUCUUAAAUUUUUUUAUCAACGAACCUAGUUAAGUGCUUCAUAAAUAAGGUAGUGUCUUUCUUAAUUAAAAAAAAAAUAAUAUUUCAAAUCAUACACGACACUUUACACUUACACACGUUUAUUUUUACUUUGAGAGUGUAAUUAAAAGAAAAUAUUCAGAUAUUAUCAUAUAUGAUCAUGCUUUAGUGUUACUUAUAAUCAUAUAUGAUCAUAUAUGGCCAUAUGUGAUCAGGUCAAAUUUAUAUGUGAUCAUACAUGAUAUCAGAUAUAAUAAUGCAUGAUCAUCUAUAUUAAAACCUGAUCAGGUUUAAUUAAUCUGUGAUCAGAUAUGACCAUAUAUAUGCUAUCAGAUAUGAUCAUUUAUGAUGUCAGAUAUGAUCAUAUAUAUGAUGCCAGAAAUGAUCAUAUAUAUGAUGUCAGAUGUGAUCAUAUAUAUGAUGUCAGAUAUGAUCAUAUAUAUGAUGUCAGAUAUGAUCAUAUAUAUGCUAUUAUAUAUGAUCAUAUAUAAUGUUACAUCUUUUUAUCUGAAUAAAUAUAAUAUCGGAUGUGAUCAUGCAUAAUAUCAGAUAUGAUCAUAUAUGAUGUCAGAUAGAAUCAUGCAUGAUGAUACGCCUUCAUAUCUGAUUAUGCGUGAUACCUUAAAUUAUCAUGCAUGGUAUCAGAUAUAAUCAUACAUGAUUAUAUAUGUCUAGUUCAUAUAUGAUGAUAUAUGAUCAUUCAUGAUAUCAGAUAUAUGCAUGCAUGAUAAUAUAAAAUCUGAUCAAGUCCGGAUUCAUACAUAAUCAUAUGAAUUUAUGUUUGAUCAUGCAUGAUAACAUAUAUGGUCAUGUGUGAUAUAUAUGAUAUAUAUGAUUAUAUCUGAGUAUUUUUUCUCAAGUAGUUUACAAUAUGAUAAAUUAGAAUUUAUUUAAAUUAAAACCAAAAAAAAAUAAAUGACUAAAAUUUAUGGAAUUAUAAAUGAAUAUAUUUAUAGUCAGAUUAUAGUCUUUUUUCUAUGUAUUUUUCUACUCUCUGUUUUAUAUUUAUCUACCAUUUAGUAUUAAUUAAUUUUAAUAAACAAAUCCAAAGAAUGAAUUUAAUAUUUUAGUCAGUAAAAUUUUUUCAAUUUUUAAAAUUAAAAUUGUUCAGAUAAAAUUAUUAAAAUUUAAUGAGUUCUUCCUUCAUUAGUAAAACAAUAUAAAUUAUACAUUUAUCAUUCGUAUUAUAUGUUAUUAAAUAAAUAAUAACAUAAUUGACAAAGUAUAAAGUACACAUGACACAUAAUCACGCGCGCAAAUAAAUAAAAGGAAAAUAAUAAUUAUAAAUAAAUAAAUUAACAAAGAACAAAAUAAUUAAAUAUAUUUUUUAUUGUAAAAUAUUAAUGAGUUUUUUUUUAAAUUAAAAUUUUUUUUAGACGGAACAAUAAAUUAUACAUAAAUAUAUAUUAUAAUAUUAAUUUUUAUUAAAUAAGCGGUUUAGUCGGUCCGAUAAUCAAUCUCGCACUUAAAGCUUUUAACUCUUUUAUUAAAUAAAUAAAUAAACCUAUCAAAAAAAUUCAUAUGGAAAUCCAGCUUAUAUUAGAUUCCUACAUAUUGUUUUCGGAUGGAUUCCCAUAUGGUUUCCUAUACAAAUUUAACAUAGAUUCCUAUGUAGAUUUUUAUAUGAAUACUCAUGGGAAUCCGGAUAUCAAAGUUCCUGUAUCUACUUUUUGUAUGGGAAUCUCGGUACUAAUAGUUUCCCAUAUGGAUUUCCUAUAUGAGAAUUCAGGUAUUCAUAUUGGGUAUCUCCUACAUGGGUUCCUUUAUAAAUUCGUACUCUGAUCCCAAUGUUAAUCUCCAUGGAUCCUCAUCUAAAUCGAUAAUUUCCUAUAUGGGUAUCAGGUAUCCAUUUUUUUCCAUAUGAAUUUCAUGUAUGGGAGUCCACGUAUCAACAGUUUCCCAUAUGGAAAACUAUGGAUACUUGGAACCCCAUAUAUAGGAAGUCAGGUAUCUAUAGUUUCCCAUACAGCUUCCAAAUAUAGGAAGUCAUGGGGAUUUCCUGUAUGGUAAUCUAGGUAUACCUAAUUUCUCAAAUAGAUUUCAUAUAUGGGAAUUCAGGCCUUCAUAGUUUCCCAUAUGGAAAACUAUGGAUACCUGGAACCCCAUAUAUAGAAAGUUAGGUAUCUAUAGUUUCCCAUACAGCUUCCAUAUAUAGGAAUUCAUGGGAUUUCCUAUAUGGAGAUCUAGGUAUCCAUAGUUUCCCAUAUGAAUUCCAUAAUUAGAGGUUAAAAUACUUGCAUCUUCUCAUAUAGCUUUCAUAUAUAGAAAUUACGAUAUCCAUAGUUUCAUAUAUGGGAAUUCAGGUAUCCAUACAUAAUUUCCCAUGGAUCUUCAUGUAAAUCCAUAGUUUCCUAUAUGGUUUUCUAUAGAUUCUCAUGCAAUCGCACAUGAAUUUUUUUGAUAAGGAAGUAAAUGAAUGAAGAAAAUAGCGGAAAAAUCUAGACCUAAUAUGUGGUUUUAAUAGUGACUCUUAUUUUUAUUUUCGUGUAAAUAAUAUUAAAAUAUUAUGACGUUUGAAUUUAAUACGAAUUUUUUUUAUUGAAAUUAAUGCAAAAAAUAUUUUUAAAAAUAAAUUUCUGAGUGUAAAUAAUUUUGAAAUAUUUAAUAAAAAAAAUAAAUGCCGAGCACUAGUUUGGAAUUUAAAUAUGCACCAAUUAAUUAGUUUUGAAAUUUCGACUGAUAAAAAAAAUAAUUUGCUAAACAUAAUUAUUAUAGAUAUUUAAAAUUGAACUAUUUAAUUUUUAGAUAUUGUUAUUAUUAUUAUUACAUAUUGUAUUAUAUUAUUGAUAUUGUGGUUA